GCCUUCGAAAUACACACUUCUCCCAACACUGCGGCUGGGCAAAAAUCAGCUGACGACUGACAGUCGAAAUUGAGCCGUUCGUGCGAAAUUGCGGCGCACCGGCUUUUUGAAUAUUUUCGUAGAGGUGCACGAAUAGUUUAGAUUAUCUAGCAAGUGGAAUCUUCAAGGAUAAUCAUGCGACUGGCACGACGUUAUGGGAUUGCACUGGUUGUGAUGCUUCUGGUUUGGGCGACCGUUUUGUACUUUUGCUCCGAAAAACUCACGAACUACGACAACAGCAAGUCCAGCAGUCCUGUGGAGCUGGUCUGGUGGUCCAAGCACAUGUCCUGGACACAAGACGAGCAGCGCCAGUGCGGUAUUCACACAUGCCGCAUCACCAACAGGCGCAGUCGCCUUCCGAUGGCCCGGGGCGUAUUGUUUUACGGCUCAAAUAUAAAGACGGGCGACUUUCCCUUGCCUCGGGCCAAGCACCAAGUGUGGGCACUGCUCCAUGAAGAGUCACCAAGGAACACACCCUUUGUAUCCAAUGAAGAGUUCCUUCGCCACUUCCACUUUACGUCCACUUUUAGCCGCUACAGCAACAUGCCGCUGACUACGCAGUACUUGCCCAGUGGCGCGGCGCUCACCUCGAAGGAUUACUUCGUUUCGUUCGCCGGCAAGUCGCGGUUCGGUUACCGUCCACCGACAUCGGUGGUGUUCCUCCAAAGCGACUGCGAUACGAUGUCUGGAAGGGAGGACUAUGUAAAAGCUCUAAUGAAGCAUCUUCCGAUCGAUUCCUUCGGCAGCUGCCUACGUAACAAAGAUCUGCCAGAGAGCUUGCAGAAGGAUUACUUGAAUAAUCUCUAUUCGCCGGAGUUGCUGCGUUUCCUGUCUGAAUACAAGUUCAUGAUUGCCAUUGAGAACGCUGCCUGUCCCGAUUAUAUCACCGAAAAGUUUUGGCGUCCUCUGAUAAUGGGUGUAAUUCCUAUAUACUUUGGCUCACCCACAAUAAAAGACUGGCAGCCGAAUAAUAAAUCUGCCAUUUUUGUAAACGACUUUACAAAUCCUCAUAAAUUGGUGGAAUAUCUGAAUAAGGUGGCGGAUGACCAACAGCUGUACGAUUCAUAUCGCCAACACAAACUAAAUUAUCGCAAGCCCAUUUCCAACAAAAAGCUACUCCACAACCUUGUCACGCGCCAGUAUCACAUGGGCGAUUCUUCUCCGGGAGCAUCACUCUUUGAAAAGUUUGAGUGUGCUGUGUGCUACCAUGUAAUCAACACUGCCAGGAACGGGAAGGCCGACUCGCGUCAUUACAACUGUCCCCUGGAACCGGUGUACGCUCGCCUGGAGGGUCAGGAAAUUCCAUCGAAUGUCGCCGAUUGGCGAUCCAUGAUGGAGGUGGGCCAGUGCCAAGCCAAGAUACUUGAUGAAUUCUUUCACCGAAACCUCCGCUUCAAUGAUGCUGAGUUUGAUGCCGAGCUUAAUCGGAGAAUAGAGGCAAACAAUUGUAAUAAUAGUUCCAACAUUUAACAAGUUAACAACGCUCAGGCUGUAAGCAUGCUGAUUUUACCAUGUGAUAAUAAAUUUACAUAAAACUA